UCUCAAAAAGAUACCAAUCAAAAAGUGCCACUUGUCUCCCGUCUCUUAAACAACACGCCUCCCACUGACGGCCCUAAUGCCCACCCCCCCCUCGCCAUUUCAACGCUCUUCCAUUCAAAUUUCCCUUCUCGCAGGUUCACUCUCUCCUUUCUACUCCUUUUUUUUUUUUUUUUGAGAAAAAAUUAUUAUUUAACUCCUCUUUUAAAUUUCUUUCUCAAAAACCCUAAGAAAACCUAUUUUCAAACCCUAGUUAAAACUACAUUUCCUCCAAAUCAUGGAUUUGAAUCCAGAAUUCCUUUCUCAGUGUUUCCUCCACACUCUCUCUCCGGCACCAGAGCCACGCCGUGCCGCCGAAGCUCAGUUGACAAAGGCCGCCGACCUUCCAAACUACGCCCUCGCCGUUCUCCGCUUAGUUGCAGAACCCUCCGUGGACGAGCAGAUCCGUCAUGCAGCUGCCGUCAACUUUAAAAACCAUCUCCGUUCACGGUGGGCCCCAUCACAAGACUCUUCACUCACUCCGCUUCAGGAUUCGGAGAAAGAUCAGAUCAAAACCCUAAUUGUGACUCUCAUGCUCUCUUCAGCCCCUCGCAUCCAAUCGCAACUCAGCGAAUCGCUAUCUUUAAUCGGCAAACAUGAUUUUCCUAAAUCAUGGCUCACUUUGCUACCAGAACUCGUAUCAAACCUAGAAGCUGCUUCCCGUAAUAACGAUUAUAACUCCAUUAACGGCAUUCUUGGUACGGCAAACUCUAUCUUUAAAAAAUUCCGUUACCAGUAUAAAACUAAUGAUCUUUUACUCGAUUUGAAGUAUUGUCUCGAUAAUUUUACUGUUCCGUUGUUAAAUAUUUUCCUUAGAACCGCUGCUUUGAUUGAAUCCGCAAUGAGUUCAGGCGGUGGGUCCCCUGUAACAUUAAGGCCGUUAUUUGAGUCUCAGAGGUUAUGUUGUAGGAUAUUUUAUUCGCUAAAUUUUCAAGAAUUGCCUGAGUUUUUUGAGGAUAAUAUGGAGAAGUGGAUGAAUGAGUUUAAAAAGUAUUUAACUACUAGCUAUCCUGCCUUAGAGAGCAAUGCAGAUGGUCAAUCAGUUGUGGAUGAUCUUAGGGCGGCUGUGUGUGAGAAUAUUAGUCUUUAUAUGGAGAAGAAUGAGGAGGAGUUCAAGGGUUAUGUGGAAGGUUUUGCGCUUGCUAUUUGGACUUUGUUAGGGAAUGUGUCGCAGUCUUCUGGUCGUGAUAGAUUAGCUGUUACAGCAAUUAAGUUUUUGACCACAGUGAGUACUAGUGUGCAACAUACUCUGUUUGCAACUGAUGGGAUUAUUCCGCAGAUUUGUCAAGGUAUCGUGAUUCCUAAUGUGCGGUUGAGAGAUGAGGAUGAGGAGCUUUUUGAAAUGAAUUAUAUUGAGUUUAUUAGAAGGGAUAUGGAAGGGAGUGAUCUUGAUACGAGGAGAAGGAUUGCAUGUGAAUUACUUAAAGGGAUUGCCACAAAUUAUAGAAUGCAGGUAAUGGAAUUGGUUGCUGUUCAGAUACAGAAUUUGUUGAGCUCAUAUGCUGCAAAUCCUGUGGCAAAUUGGAAGGACAAGGAUUGUGCUAUUUAUUUGGUUGUUUCUCUUGCAACUAAGAAGGCCGGGGGUGCUUCUAUUGCGACGGAUCUUGUUGAUGUUCAGAACUUUUUCACACAAGUAAUAUUGCCUGAGCUGCAGAGUCAGGAUGUCAAUGGGUUCCCAAUGCUUAAAGCUGGUGCUCUUAAGUUCCUCACUGUAUUUAGGAGUCUGAUACCCAAGCUUCUUGCAGUUCAAUUAUUACCAGAGUUAGUUCGGUAUCUCGGGGCGGAGUCAAAUGUGGUGCAUUCUUAUGCUGCAAGCUGUAUAGAGAAACUCUUGCUGGUUAGGGAUGAGGGAGGGCGGCUACGAUAUACAUCAGCAGAUGUAGCUCCAUUCCUUCAAGUAUUGAUGAAUAAUCUCUUUAGCGCAUUGAAGUUUCCAGAGUCCGAGGAGAAUCAAUAUGUAAUGAAGUGUAUCAUGCGGGUUCUAGGAGUGGCAGAAAUAUCACCCGAGAUAGCUGCACCUUGCAUUUCUGGAUUGACUUUGAUUCUCAAUGAAGUUUGUAAAAAUCCAAAGAAUCCAGUUUUCAACCACUAUCUCUUUGAGUCAGUAGCUGUUCUUGUGAGGCGAGCAUGUGAAAGGGAUGUCUCUCUCAUACCGGCUUUUGAAACAAGCCUAUUUCCCAGCCUUCAGUUGAUAUUGGCAAAUGAUGUGACUGAGUUCUUGCCUUAUGCAUUCCAGCUCUUGGCUCAACUUGUUGAGUUGAGUAGACCCCCACUUUCUCCCAGUUACAUGCAAAUAUUUGCACUUCUCCUGUCUCCUGAUUCAUGGAAGAGGAAUUCAAAUGUUCCAGCCCUUGUGCGUCUACUUCAAGCUUUCCUUCAAAAAGCACCACAUGAGCUUAACCAAGAGGAUAGGCUCACUCAGGUGCUUGGAAUAUUCUCCAUGCUCGUGUCAUCCCCAAGUACUGAUGAACAAGGCUUCUAUGUGCUUAACACUGUGAUUGAGAACCUUGACUACAGUGUCAUUGAUCGUCAUGUGGUUAAAAUCUGGAGUACCCUGUUUACACGCCUGCAAAAUAAGCGAACAGUAAAGUUUGUUAAAUCUUUUUUGAUUUUUAUGUCACUCUUUUUGGUCAAGCAUGGUUCUGCAAAACUUGUGGACACAAUAAAUGCUGUUCAACCCAAUAUAUUUAUGGUGAUUUUGGAGCAGUUCUGGAUUCCAAAUCUUAAGCUAAUCACUGGACCCAUUGAGGUCAAAUUAGCUGCAGUUGCCUCGAGCAAACUCCUCUGUGAAUCUUCUGCUGUUUUAGAUGCUGCAGCCAUCAGGCACUGGGGAAAAAUGCUGGAUAGCAUUGUUACCCUUCUCUCAAGGCCAGAGGAGGAUAGAGUUGAAGAAGAACCGGAAAUGCCAGAUAUUGCAGAAAAUGCAGGUUAUACUGCCACUUUUGUAAAACUUUAUAAUGCUGGUAAGAAGGAGGAGGAUCCUCUUAAGGAUAUAAAGGAUCCAAAACAGUUCCUUGUUGCUUCAGUGGCACAGCUUUCUGCCCUUUCCCCUGGAAGGUAUCCCCAGAUCAUCAGUGAAAAUCUUGAUCCAGCAAAUCAAACAGCACUACUGCAGCUUUGCAGCACUUACAAUUGCCCAAUUGUAUGAAAUCAUGUAGGGGAAUGAAAUCUGUUUUGUGGGGUCAGUUUCAAUAUGCUUUUGUGCACAGAUGGCUUCUUUUGCAUUGUGGUCAAUGGGUUGAGUCGAUAGUUUUCCAACAUCUGAGAGUCUCAUGCAGCAAUGUAUUGGGGUUUACAGCCUCGCGGAGUUUUUACUUUUUGCUCAAGAGCGGAAUGGUGGAUGCGUAAAGGGAUUCAUUGGACUCUACUUGUGAUGAAUUGUCCUGAAUUUGUUGUGAAGGGUAACUAGUCUUGUUCAACAUGCAUUUCUUGGUGAAAUGUAAAUCUAUAUGCUUAUCAUUUUGAGUUGUAGCAUCAGGGUUGUUAUGACAUGCAUUAUUCUGUCACGAGCUCGUGUAAAAGGAGGAAAACGAGUUCCUCCAGGGGAAAUGGUUAGUUUCAAAGUUUAUUAUAUAAAGUUGAAAGUUUUGGCAA